AUGAAUUUGAUUAAUAAAACUGGAACAGGUCCUUUUCUUUUAACUGGACUUUCUAGUGAUCCAAAGGUUAAGACUAUCCUUUUUGUGCUUUUCUCUUUUAUCUACACUACUACACUAACAGGUAAUUCUUUGCUUAUUGUGCUAAUAAGGAUUACUCGUGAAUUGCACACUCCAAUGUACAUGUUCAUAUGCAACCUAUCUAUAUUGGAUGUAACCUUUACUUCAGUAACUGUCCCUAAAAUGUUGGUUGGGCUUUUGUUGGAACGUUGCUAUAUUUCCUAUAAUGGAUGUUUUACUCAAAUAUUCUUUUUCCACUUUCUUGGAGGUUCGGAAUGUUUGCUGUUAAGCAUUAUGGGUUAUGACCGUUACGUGGCUAUAUGUCACCCGUUGCGUUAUCCGCAGAUAAUGAGCCGGAAAAUCUGCAUUAAGUUAGCCUUAAGCUGCUUGUUCAUAGGCUCCCUCUGUUCAUUUGUUCACACUAUGCUCACAGCAAGCUUGUCUUUUUGUGGUUCAAGAGAGGUUAACCACUUUUUCUGUGAUAUACCUCCACUACUAAAAUUGUCCUGCACGGACACAAGUAUUAACAUGAUUGUUAUAUUGGUUUUGGGUGGGCUUGCAGCUGGUGCCUCAUUUAUAUUAACACUAAUCUCUUAUAUUUACAUAAUUUCUGCUAUUUUGCAAAUCCGUUCAUCUAAAGGAAGGAAAAAAGCUUUUUCAACUUGUGCAUCUCAUCUUACCGUAGUUGCUAUUUUCUUUGGGACAAUCAUUUUCAUGUAUCUUAGACCCAAAACCAGCUACUCAUUUGAAAAUGAUAAAAAGUUUACUGUUUUCUACAAUGUGAUAACACCAAUGUUAAACCCUCUUAUUUACAGCCUUAGGAACAAAGAUGUUAAAAGUGCUAUUACACAACUGUGUAAGAAAAAAACACAACAUUUAUAA